GGUUUAUCAAGUAGUUCAGGAGUGACACCCAGAGCUAGCGGCUGCAUUGCGGCAGAUCAGCUGGUACCUAAAGCAGAGGAUAGCAGCGGCUCAACGGACCAGGACUCCCCGCAGGUCGACAGCGGCUCAACGGACCAGGACUCCCCGCAGGCCUGCAGCGGCUUUCCACACUCAUAGCUAACAUGUUCGACCUGCUCAGCACCCAGUAUGAUUCCUUUCUGUUCUGGAGGACCCCCAUCCCCGUGGUCGACCUGGCCGAGAUUGAGAUUCUGGUACCGAACAUCACGAAAUCCAACUCCGGAGGUCAGAAUGCAGAGUCCAGAUCCCUCAUGCCUCAGGACGUGUCAGAAGACGAGGAAGAUACCUUGGCUGAGUACAACUCCUUCAAUUUCUGGAGAGCCCCCAUCGCCAGCUUCAGUGGAAUAGACCUGGAACUGCUUUAAGGUCUUAGCCAGUGGGUUGCUUACCUGUUAGUGCUUUAUAAAUGUUCUUGUACCUACACAGCCAAUUACUUCAGCUGCUCCAUCUCGUGUUAUACUGAUUCGUUGGUCAACACAGUUUCGGAUCAAAACCAAGGUAAAUUGUUAAAUGAUACGUCCCCUUUUCCACAUUGCAUUGCAGAUGCGCAAUUACUGAGGUCCCUAAUGGAAGGAUGCUACACAGUAACAAGUUCAGCAGCUGCCCACGUUAUCCCGUUUUCCGCAAUUACCAAAUCCCCUUCAAAUGUUUAACCAUUUCGUUUUUGAAAGUCAGUACUGAAUCUGCUCCCAAUGUCCAGUUUUUCGCUUGAAUACCUGCCUAGCCUUGCCUCUGCUAUUAACGAUCGUAGAGGGCGGAUAGCCGCAUCCCUCGGUUGAUUGGCAGCUGAACUCAACCUUUGGAUCCCAGUUUACUGGGCCCAGAUCCAUGUCUCUAUUCUCCCGUUCCUCAACAACAGCUGUGUAAGUGCUUUAUUGAACUGCUUGGCUCCGAUUUUAAGGAUUUCCUUUUUAUUUUGUAAUUUCGUUUUAUAUUUUGUCUCUCGUCUGCUCUUUGUCCGACAAUGUGAGACGAGAGACUGCAGAUGCUGAAAUCUGAAAGCAAACAGCUGGAGGAAGGCAGCGGGUCAGGCAGCUUCAGUGGAGGAAAAUGAAGAGUGGACAUUUCAGUUCGGCAUCCCUCAUCCACUUGCCUUCACAGUUGCUAUCCGACCCGCUGAAUUCCCCCAGCGUUUUUUUUUUCUCUCUGUUCUGUUCUUUAUUCACGCAGAGCAAACUUUUAAUUGAGAUGGGGCGGACAGGUGCGCGGGAGUAAAGGAGGUGUUGAGUGGCCGUGAUUGCCCACGAGAACCGCUAGAAAGCCUCCCCAGGGCCGCUUGUGGACUGACUGACGGUAGCGUCGAGCAACCACCUGCCGCACCCUGUCGCAGUGGCCAUGGGGGACCCGACUACAGUGAUGCGGAAUGUGUAAAACAAAGGAGAUUUCCGCGAUUGCAGACCCCGUUGUCCUGCCAACCAGCCUGAUUGACAUUCUCUCCUGAUGUGGCUUAAUUAUUUGCAUUGUCUUUGUCUGCCGUUGAUUUUUGACAGGCAUCUGCUGUCGCGCCAUCGCUGCUGAGGCUGGGGGCUGUUCUCUAGUCUGGUUUGCAGAUCUGGGGACCUGCCACAUGGAGAAACGUGGGAGGGGGGCUGAAUUCUUUAUCUUGUACCUCCUUGGGCAAGACAGAAAUGUUAAAGAGUGCAUCAUCCGUUCGCAAUAAUAAACCGUCGCAGUUGUCGCCCGUGGCCUACCUCGCUCAGCUUUGUUCACUGAUCCACCCAGAACCAAAGAUGAAAUGUGAAUUUGAAAACCGUUAAACAAGGUGCCGUGCCUCUUACCAAUGUAUCGAUUAGCAAAUGCGCGUUGAGGUCGAUGCGUUCUUUAAAAUGUGUGAUUCAAAUGAAUUAUUUAUUUAACUUAUUUAUAUUUAUUUGUAAAUAUCUAAAGCGUAUGUGAACGAUUUACCUACCCACGAGGCCUCGGCAAGUCCGGGGGUGAGAUGAGCAGAGGGGGUAACCUCGGUGAGGGGCACCCCUUCCUUGUCUUUCGUGGGUCUCGAGUGGGUGAAGAGCCAGAGAGGCAGGAACCCCGGAGUUUCUGUGGCAUCAAUUAAUUUCAUUGAAGGUGAGGGAGCUUUCCUGGUUCUUUGAACAGCAAGGAUUCCCCCCUCAGUAUUAGGGUGAGACUAAGAGAUAUCAGCCGCCGCUGUGUGCCGAUGAAACUUAGAGUAGCAAAUGGCUACACCCCACUUCUUGUCCCUGUUGUGUCCGAGCCCUGAGGGUGAGAACCCAAGCCGAUACUGACUUCAACAAGCAACAAACUCUCAGCGGGUCGAACAUCUGUGAGAGGAACUGAUCUGUCUGUCAACAGUUCCAGCCGAUAUUUUGGAUCAGGAUUAUUUGUUUGCUCCCAGACUUUUUCCAGUAGAUUGUGUGUUGCUCCAGACUCCAGCACCGGCAGUCUCUCAGAUGCUGACUUUUCCUGUCAGUGAUGAGGUGAUACCUGUUGCCCCACUAGGUCCCUCUUCAGUUGGACGUGUAAUCUGGGUCAGUGAGGUGGAGAAGUCGGUGGGUGAAGAUUGGCUUAUCCUUUUGGGUUUGGAGAGAAUAAGUAUGUAAAGGCCUAUGGUUGGUCAGAGGUUGGAACUUUCCACUACAUAAUUUUGGAGCUCAUUGCCCUUUUUAUUUAAGAAAGUAAAAAUUGAAAAAUACAAUGCAGAUGCUGAAAAUUUAACAAAUUUAAUGAUGCUAAUUCUCAGUGGGUCAGGUCACAGCUGUGGAACAUUAACUGUUUCUCUCUCACAGAUGCAGUCUGACCAGCUGAGUGCUUUCAGUAUUUCCUGGAUUUUAGAUUCAAGGCAUAUUGAUAAAUAUUUGAUCAAGGAACCAAUGGAUACAGCACCUUAUAAAAAUAUUCAGCCCCCAAUCCUUGGUUCACAUAAAUAAGUAUUACAACCAGUGAUUUUUCUUUUAUUUGUCAAUCACAUGCCCUUUUUCUCCCCCACAGUAGACCCCCCCAAAAAAGGGAAAAUCAUAAAGCAUGAGAAUCUCAAACUGAAAUGUCAGCAGAUCCCCCUUUGCUCAUAUUUACAAACAUACUUGAACCACCUCUCACAGCUAUUACAACCUGUAGUCCUUAGAUGUCUAUUGGUUUUACACAUGAUAGAACAAGAUUUGCCCAUUCCUCCUUGCAAAAUUGCUCAAAGUGUGCCAGGUUAGUUAGGGAGCAGCAGUGGACAGCAAUCUUGAGGUCUUGCCAUAGAUGCCUGAUUGGGUUAAGGUCAGGACUCUGCUUGGGCCACUCAAGGAUGUUAAUUUUCUUCAUUCGAAUUUGCUCCAUGGUUGCUCUAGCAGUCUGGGCUGCUGUCCUGCUAAAAGAUUACUUUUGUCACCCGUUCAAGCUUUCUGGCAGAAUCUCUGCAUUUAGCAGCAUUCAUCUUCCCAUCAAUCCUGAAAAGUUCCACUGUAAUUUCAUCUGACCACAAGACUUUCUUCCACAUCUUUUAUAAAUGAUGCUUUGCAAAACUUUUACAGGCAAUAUGUUUUUUAGGCAGGGCUUUUUCCUUGCCACUCUUCCAUAGAUACACUUUUUGUGCAAGGCCUUAGAGAUUUGUGGAGCCAUGAACUUCAUCUCCAGUUGCAGCCAUUGAUUUAUGCAGUGCGCUCUAUGGUGUCACAGUAGCUUUUCUUACAAGUGCUACUCUCCUCUGGAAACUUAGAGGUGGCCUGACCUAGGCAGUGUGGCUGUGGUUUCAUAUUUUUCCACUUUGCAAGAUGAAUGUUCAGCGCCUUUGAGAUGGUCUUGUACUCUUCCCCAGAUUUGUGCUGUUGAAAGUCUACCAAACCAUUUGCCCUUUCAGAGACAGGGUAUUUAUUCAGGUGAUCUCUUAAUUUUCUACAUCAAAUGGGUUGAGUUGGUAAGGUAAUAUACAGUAUUGCAACUUAGGGAAAUUAAUGUAUUAAUUACAAAGGGGAUGAAAACUUUUUCAGCCUCAAUUUUAGUAAGUUAUUGAUGUUUUUGAUUAGCUCAAAACAAAUUUAAUAUAUUUUAAAUGUGUAAAAUGAGAGUCAGAUUGAAAGGUGGAGAAAGGCCAAGAGGCCAUGUGACCCACUCAUUUCUUUGUGGAUUAGUCCACUCCCUUCUCCCACCAGCCUCCACCCAACCCUGAUUUUUCUGUAAUGACUCAUCCUUUGGUUACAUAAGGUAGGAUAUAUUAUGGUUCCCUCCUUCCUCAUUAACUCCAACCCAUGUACAAUCAGUAUAGAUAUCAGGAAGCUAACCCUGGUACUGCAUUAUAUAUAGGUUCUGCUGCUCCAACACACUUUUAAAAUCAGGGCAGAUGGUCAUGACAGGCAGUAUCCUGUCUCUCCUGGAAAGAACACUAGUUAACUACCAGUUACAAGUACACUUUUAUAAAGGGUGUAGCUGCUUCCAUGGGUGUCUGCCCAAUACUGAAGGGGAAAUCUUGUCGUACGAAGAACCACGUUUGCUCUCCCACUACUAUUAAAAUUAACUAAUGGUGAUGGAUGUUUCACUGCAAGGUGGGCUGUGACUUGUCACUGCGACCUGGCAGUGGAUUCAAGAUGGGACCCAUUUUGGCAUGUGUCCAACGGUAAGAAGCAUACAAACAGGAGGGGAAAACUUGAGACUUUGGGUCUGCUCCAACAUUGAAAUGACCUUCAGUACUUUCCUACCUGCUCCUCAUAUAACUUUUAUCAAAAUUGGUCUUGAAUAGACUCUCAGCAGUCCUCUCUCCAUAGCCAAAUGUCCUCAGCCCAUUGGGGUGUGAGGAGCACUUUUCUUCUCCCAUAUGCUAGUGUCCUUCAAGCACAACUCAAUUUAUUUGAUUUCUGACUGUAACAAUCCCAAGAAAGUAAUUAAAAGAUUGUCAUUGUCUUAUUGCUCUCUGUAGGUGCUUCCUGUAAAUGUCACAGAACAAUAAAUUGAACUUAUGAAACAAAAAAAACAUGGUGCAACUUUGGUGGUAUUUUCUGAUGACAUAGAUAAAGUUAACAUUUGU